AUGACUCUGAUGCGUUCCACUACACUUGCUCUAUGGCUGGCUGGCAUUGCCUCAGUAGUAGCCAUCAAUACUCCAAUCAGAGACUUGUCUAUAGAUCCUGUCGAAGAUUCCCAUUGUAAUUGGCCUACCUUCCAAGAAGACGAUGAUCUCGAUGGUGUCAUGGUUCUAUACCGAGGCAACAAGCUUGCCGAGUGGAGAAACCCCAACAGCGAAAGCACCGAUUGGCUUCAAUUGAACUAUGUUGAAGGGACCACACAACAUGCUCAGUUCUCAGUGACAAAGACUUGGAUUUCAGUGUUGAUCGGAAUGUUGUACCGUGAUGGAUUCUUGGAGUGGGAAACUGAGCAUCCUGAUAAGCUUACUUUGGGAGACAUCUUUCCUGAAAAGAUCUGGGAUGAUAUCUGGGACAUUCCAUUCUUCUUUAGUGGAGGAUCUAAAGUUCCCGAGCUCAAAGCUAUCAAAUUGGGCGAGAUUAUGUCCAUGAGAACAGGAUACGCAGAAAACGGAAUCAGUUCUCCCUUCGAUAGCACAUUGGUCCGCGAUCUGGAUCGUCUCGUUGCUUGGUGGCACCCUCUUUACCGCAGCGGAGUGAUUGAUUCCCAAACAUGCUUCAACUGCGGGAGCUAUCUAGCAACUGCUGGCAUUGUAAAUUAUGUUAUCAAGGAGAAGACAAAGACUGAUACAAAUCCUACCGGGUGGGAUCCAUUAGCUUAUGCCCGUCAGACAUCCGCUACCCUACCAGGUGGAAAUCUUGGCCUCUUUGAAGCUCUUGGUAUGGAAGAAGGUUCCUACACGUGGGAUCGUGACGAAGAAGGGGUCGCUCGAGGUGCAUUUGGUCUUUGGGCAGACCUUGAAGACAUGGCCAAGUUUGGACAGCUUUUGCUGCAAGGCGGAACCGUCAUGUUCGACGGAGUAGCUCGCGAGGUUGUUCCCUCAUACUACUUUGAAGAAAUGACCAAGACCCAAUCUCGAAUUGUCGGUGUUGAUUUACCAUACGGAUGGCAAGUAUGGAACUGGGGUGCAGACGAUAAUGGUGACAGCGGGUUCUGCGCAGAAGGUCUCGGCUGGCAGUCCAUUUGCGUAUUCCCAAAUCAAGAGACUGUGGUGGCCAUUCAAGCUCCAGUGUCGUUUGGUGUCGAGACUUUUGCAGCUAAUAUUGGAAUCCGCAAUGAUGCCAUCAAAGCAAUCCGUGAUGGUAUUGAAUGCAGCCCAACAGCGGCACCAAGCUCGCCAUCUCUUCCUAUCACCACUUUGCCGCCUCCCACAGGAGACAACAUGGUUGGUAACAGACCCAGAGAUCCUAUCGAUGGAGGGAAUUUCAUUGGCGAGAAUGACAAUGAAGAUGUCAAUAACGGGUUUACCGAGGACAUCAACCGUAGCGACGAGUCGGAGAUCGUCGUUGGCGCAUCAAACGAGAAUGACGAUGACACGCCAGUUGGUUUGAUCAUCCUUUUUGUGUUGCUUUCUGUCAUGGUUUGCAUCAUGAUGACUUUAUUUUUUCGAUCGAAGCGCAAUAAUGCGACAAAGGAUGCCCCAAGAAGGUCGACAGAAGCCAUGUUCAAAGUUGCACCACACGGAUACGAUGAUGAUUUGAACAAAGUGUAUGAUGUCUCUCUUGAUGAUGAAGACAGCGUCGAUACUGAGGAAAGCGAUGUAGACGUAGUGACAUUCAUUGUUGCUGAAGAUAUCGAAGGGCGAUUGGCAGCUCCCUAG